AUGUACAAAGUCACCAUCCACGCAUACCGUCGCAAGGAUAUGUCAGAAGAAGACUUCCAUCGACACUGGACCAACAUCCACGCCCCCAAAGUCAGCGCUUUCCUCCGGAAAUAUGGAAUCGUGGGCUAUACACAGGUAAAAUUCGCCAGACCCGUCCCCCGCCCUUUCCCCCUUUCCUUUUCCCUUCUUUCCCCCUUUUUUUUUGUGGCAAUCUUCUCAAGAUUCGCUAAAAUAAAAUAAAAACACAACAGUAUCACACCCCAUCCUGGGUUCGAGCCAAAGCCUCACAACAGCUCCACACGCUCGGCCCUUUCGCGAGCGAUAAUCUCGUCGACUACGACGGCUACGUGGAAUUGCGCAUGCCGGAGUUGGAUUGCUACGAGAGAGCCAGGAGGGAUCCGUACUACGCCCAAGUGGUGAAGCCGGAUGAGGAGGCGUUUUUUGAUUUCGAGAGGAGUCGGAUUACGGUUGGGUGGGAGGAGGUGUAUAUUGAAGGGGGGGAGCUUCGAUAA